GUAAUAUUUAGGUAGUGCGUUACAGUUAGUUUGAACCGAGGUCAAUGAAAAGUGAUCAAUUUUCUCAAAUGGAAAGACCCUUACCAUUCUCACGUUCCAAACUACCUAAAUCAAAGCAUCGUUUUGUCUCAUGGUCUGUGAAGCAAAAACAGAAAAAAUUCAAUCAGGCCCUACCGGCGAACCGUUCAAAUGUCCCUUUUAAUUGUCCUUUAAUUGGAUGUUCUGGUAUUGGUCAUAUUAAUGGCCGAGAUACUGCACACGUGACCCUAUCUGGAUGCCCUUUGUAUCACAAUAUGAGCUUUGUGAAAUGGGCGGAGAUGCGUGCUCGGGAAGAAGGUCUUGUUGUUCCAGAAUCCAUUAUACGGAUAUCUCAAAAUUCACCAUCGCCUUCUAAAGUUAAGCACAGGGUUGACCGUUCACAUCAGUUUAAAACUACACAAAGGGAACCUAUGCUUGAUGAUUUAGCUAGCCAAGUAGAGUUGUACCAGUUUCGUCGUGCUCAACAAAGAUUGGUUUCAACCUAUGAGACGGAUGCCCGAGAACAUUUACUUCUAUGUGCACGAGUGGCUUCGAAUUCAGGAAAUGUACCCAAUAAUGCAUUUUCCGAAAAUAUUGAGUUUGCUACAGAACAGCGCAUACGUUCUGUUAUUUUUGGAACAUGGGAUUUACAACCAUGGUAUCAGAGUAAUUAUCCUGCCGAUUUGAGUUGUCUACCUACCAUAUACAUUUGUGAAUUCUGUCUAUGUGGAAUACGCCAUAAGGUUGCAUAUGAUCGUCAUAAAAUUAAUUGUGGUCGAACGUUUCCUCCAGGUAAUGAAAUAUAUCGUAAAGAGAAUUUAUCGUUUUUUGAAAUUGAUGGACAAAAGCAUCAGGAAUAUUGUCGAAAUUUAUGUUUAUUAGCUAAAUUAUUUCUGAAACAAAAAACAGUUCAUGAGUUAGAUCAAGUUCCUGCAUUUUUAUUCUACGUAUUAACUGAAACAGAUCAAGAUGGUUCACAUAUUAUUGGUUAUUUCUCAAAACAAAAAGCUGAUGAUCAAUGUGACAACUCCAUCAAUACCGUGUACAAUAAUCUUUCAUGUAUUCUCAUUUUACCGCCUUAUCAAUGUCGUGGUUUUGGUCGUAUGCUAAUCGAAAUGAGUUAUAUUUUAAGUCGACUAGAACAACGUAUUGGUACACCAGAACGUCCAUUAUCAGAUUUGGGCAUCAUUAUUUACAGAAGAUAUUGGCGUUUUGAAAUUUUAAAAUACUUAUCGUCAUUCACAGCUAAAUCAAUUAAUAUUCGAACUAUGAGUCAAGAAUUAGGAAUAGCAGUUCCUGAUAUUGUAAGCACUUUAUUAGAUAUGAAGAUGCUUGUUUGCUAUCGGACACAAUAUUACAUAAUCAAUAAUAAACCUGAUGUAGACGCUCUUUUGAGUACAAUUAAACCGCCUGCUACUGAUCGUUGUAUUGAUUCUACAUGUCUUUAUUGGACUCCUAAUGUUAGUAAUGUCAAUCAGUUGAGUAAAUCUCCUAGUAGUAGUACUCUUAGUAUUAGUACUACUACUAAUCAAAAGCUUCUUCAUAAAUCUAGUCUUAUUUCACCAAGUGAUUCAAUUGGAGCAAAUAUUUGAAGAUUUUUGUAAUCUAAUUAUUGUACAUUGAAAUAUUGUAAAGAGUUUUGUUGUAUAUAAUCUAAUAAUAAUAAUAAUACUAUUUAUGCUCUUAUUCAGUUUCUGAUGUAGUUUUCAAAUAUAAAUUAAAA